CCAUCUGGUAUCAAUCAAUUCAAUCACGAGGGGGAAUCAUUUCUGGAAUUUUUAAGCGUCACAAAAGGGAUGGAAGGGACUUACAAGUGUGAAGCGAAAAAUAAAGAAAAUACAACUAGUUCUUCUGCAUCCCUGCGUGUUUACGGAAAAGCCUCUGCUCAAGUUGUUCCAGGUCAGUAUUCAGCACUCAUAUCAGGAGACAACUUCACAUUGACCUGCAUCAUCAACGAAGAAACAAUCAAUGUAACUUGGAAGAAAAAAGGAAGCGCACCACCCGAAAGAGCAAAGAUUGAUACACGAUUGGAUGACAAAAAGAGUAAACUUGUUAUAACUGAAGUUGUGAAGGAGGACAGUGGUGUGUAUUCUUGUGAGGCACGUAACAAGCUCGGUUUUGUUGCCCGUUCCUUUGUAAAAAUAAACGUCAAAGUUCCACCCCGUGUUAGUAAUGAGUUUAGAAAUCUCACCAUUGCAUUUAACUCCACAUUUACAAAAGAGUGUUACUUGAGAGGUGAUCCAGAAGUAUCUGUCAACUGGACCAAGGAUGGAGUGCUACUUAGUAAAAACAACACCUUGAUUAUUAGACAAGCUACAUUGAAAGAUAGAGGCAAUUAUGAAUGUACUGCUAAAAAUGAUUAUGGCGAAGCAAACUCUUCCUUCUGGAUCGAUGUCACAGCAUCUCCCCAGAUCAUAGAGCCUCCGAUAAACCAGUCUGUUACCGAGGGAAACUCUGUGAACUUUAGUUGCCGAGCCUCAGGCGUGCCAACACCAACAUUAGUCUGGGUUUUUAAUAAUGCUGACCUGCCAUCUGGUAUCAAUCAAUUCAAUCACGAAGGGGAAUCAUUUCUUGAAUUUUUAAGCGUCACAAAAGGGAUGGAAGGGACUUACAAUUGUGAAGCGAAAAAUAAAGAAAAUACAACUAGUUCCUCUGCAACACUGCGUGUUUACGGAAAAGCCUCUGCUCAAGUUGUUCCAGAUCAGUAUCCAGCACUCACAGCAGGAGACAACCUCACAUUGACCUGCAUCGUCAACGAAGACACAAUAAAUGUAACUUGGAAAAAAGAUGGAGAUUCACCACCCGAAAGAGCAAAGAUUGAUACACGAUUGGAUGACAAAAAAAGUAAACUUGCUAUAACUGAAGUUGUGAAGGAGGACAGUGGUGUGUAUUCUUGUGAGGCACGUAACAAGCUCGGUUUUGUUGCCCGUUCCUUUGUAAAAAUAAACGUCAAAGCUAAGCAAAGUUUGUGGUAUUACAUUGGUGGAUCAGUGGCGGCAGUGAUUGUCAUUUCGCUAAUUGCCUGGUAUUUCUGCAAGCGUCGAAGGACAGCUAUGGCUCUUCCUGACCAAGAGCAGGCAAUUCAGAUGGAGCCAUUGAAUGCAGAGGUAGAUGAGUGGGAGGUUGCGGUCAACCGUGUCCUGCUUCAGGACGUCAUUGGACGAGGGGCGUUCGGAGCCGUGUGGAGAGCUCUCCUGAGUUCACCAAAUGGACAACCUGGAAAUCGAACAGUAGCCGCUAAAUGUUUCACGCCCACUGCUGGAGAGGAAGGAAGGAAAUGUUUGAUGAGAGAAAUUGAGCUGGGGAAACUUAUCGGUGAAAACGUUUCGCCAAACAUUGUAAAGUUCAUGGGCUGCGUUACGACAGAAAUUCACCCCAUACUCAUCAUGGAGUACUUGCCAUGUGGUGACCUACUUGGUUACCUCAGAAAAUGCCGAGGAGUGAGGGAUCGGUUUUAUCUUGGUGAGGGAAGAGCUCAGGAUUUGAACAACUACGAUCUCGUGUUGUUUGCCAAACAAAUCGCCGCCGGCAUGGUGUUCCUUGGAACGCGAGGUAUUAUCCAUCGUGACCUGGCGGCUCGAAACAUUCUCCUCGAUAACAACUAUGUUUGCAAAGUGACGGACUUUGGUAUGGCAUAUCAAAGCUUCAAGUAUGGCCAUGGAAAUGCCAAAAAGGGACGUUUGCCAAUCAAAUGGACUGCACCAGAGAUUCUGCUAGGAGAGCUUGCUGGACUUUCCACCUUGAGUGACGUGUGGUCCUAUGGAAUCGUUCUGUAUGAGAUAGUUACGCUUGGAGGAAUUCCGUACGACAGAUGGUCAGAAGCCAUGGUGAUUGCAGAGGUCACAAAGGGAUAUCAGAUGCCAAAGCCCGAUCAUGUUGACAACAAACUGUAUGAUAUAAUGAAAAGGUGCUGGAAUCGAAACCCUGACUUCCGUCCUCCUUUUGAAAACCUGCGACAAAGAAUGGACAAAUACAUUCGUGAAGAGACAUAUUUGGAACUUCUUGACAUGGGCGCUUAUGACAAGGCAAAAUACUCCAGGGUUGAAGAUCUCGGAGAUGAAGAUGCAGAACCAAGUGAGGAAGUUGCAAAGAAGGUUGAAGAUCUCGGAGAUGAAGAUGCAGAACCAAGUGAGGAAGUUGCAAAGAAGGCCUCAGCUAAGGGAUUGGGAAGAAGUGCCAGUGACCGUCGUUAGGGUACAUAAUCGUCACUUCUCGGUGCUAAACUAAGUGUAGGUUUGUGUUAGUUAAAUUUCUCUCAAUAUUAAUAUUAGAAGAAUAUGUGAAAGCUUUGUCCUUGAUUAACAAAAUGAUAAUAAUAAAAGCACAAAACCCAAUUAAUUAAUUCUUAAAGGAUGCCAAUAAUAAAUAAUUUAAUCGGUUUCAGAAUAACAAAAUUUGGAUAGAUAUGAAUUAAACUUCCGUAAUCGAUUAAAUCAGAAGAGAAACAAAGAAAGAAACAAAAAACAACGUACUUGAAAAACGGCUCGUUUAUGCCGAUAGCUGUACUUGGCGAGCUUUUCAUUGUUGUAUUGUGAAACCAUUUAGUAAAUUUGUUUGUAGCAGACGUAGUAAGAGAUCUCCUAACGGCGAUUUGAAAUUUGGUAAAAUUUUGUAGUUUGGUAAUGAAUUAGUCGUGAGGUAUUAACUAGCACUUAUCACUUAACGAAGUAUCUUCUUUAAAUUACAUAUUGCAUCACUUCUAGUGAUUUGUUUAACUUUCAAGUUACCUUUAUUUGAAAACAAGCGAGAGCAUUGUUAUUGACAUUUACCGUUUUGCUGCUAGUAUCAAAUGCUUUUGUCAUAAACGGAGAGAACAGUCUUAAUAGAGUGUGAGUUAAUUCAAAUUAAUAUUUUCUUAAGUGUUUUCGAUUCGUAUGAGAAAAAAAAACGCCAUGUAAAGGGUUCAUACUGUGGUAGACGGAAACAAUUUUACUGUGGUAAAUGGAAUGCUUGUUUAAAAACUGGACGAAAUGAGAGCACGUAUGAGCGUUUAAUUUUGUACACUAUCCAAACACAAUAAGUUGUAUUUAACAUAAUGUAAAACACUCUAUUUAAUAUCUG